ACCCAAUCAUCAUUACCCAUGCUUUAUAAUUCUUUCCACUACUCCUCUGAGUCUGCACCAAGUAGUUCGUUCGGCCCGUUGCUUAAUAUUCGUUGCUUAAUUCUACGCAACCCUGCCACUGGCAGGCCCCACACGAGAUAAGUAGCGCCCACUGGCCUUUCAAGUAGUACAUCCUCGUGAUGGACAAGUCUGCAUCACCGUUCCAGGCUCGUGCAGCACAGCUUCUCAAGAAACUGAACUGGCACCCGCGCUUGGGAGGCAGCCGCUCAAAAGAUAACAUGUCCAUACGAGUCGUCUCAGCCGUCCCAGACAACGAUUGCUCACAAAUACCCUCUCCUGAUGUUCCUCGCAAGCCAGACAUAUCCACUCCUAGGCUUGUAGGCUUGCGACUAGAUGAUGCUUUCACUCCAACGGACACGGAUGAUUCAUCGUCUAGCAACAGCCCCACCCGCCAGUCAAGGCGCUACUCAGCUUGGGACGGUCUCACGCAAUCCUCUGCGAGCCCAGUGUUUGCGGGACAUGGUCCCGCCCCAUUAUUUUUACGAGAGAUAAAGGUCUCAAAGAACUUCUCUGAUCAGUCUAGUAAUGAUGGGGAAAAUGUCCUCGCUCCAGCGCCAUUCUUCUUGUGGGCAGGCGCGUCAAGCGACUGCCUUACACGUGCAUCACAUGAUGGCUUAUCACACUCAGCGACCCCGAGCAACGUGCCAGAUAUCGUGGUCUUGCAAGACACAUCUCCUGUACCAGAUGAGAUGCCGCCGUUGGAAAGCUCACAGACUCCACAACAAACGGAGGAACCCGUUCCUUACAACGAACCAAUCACCACCAUAGACAUGGCCAACUCAUUUGCAGAACCAGAACCCGCUCAAACUCCUUUCUCAUCCGCUAUUUUGGUUUCACCGGUUAUACAGUCUUUACCUUCGUCCAGUGUUCAGACUGAGAUACAGCCGAUGACGGCCCUUCCACCUCCAUUCCGCGUUGCCACCGAGCGUGGCCUCCGUCUCUCUCCUUCCAUCAUUUCAAGGCACCGUAUGCCAAUUAUGAAUCUUCCGACUUUACCUGUGCCUACUCCUACUCCGGUGACCACUGUGCGGCCAGUUGUGCGCCUCCAGCAUGUGCCAUUAUUGAGUGUUCACGGACGGCCCGAUGCCGAUGCCGAUGCCGAGCCAGACUCUGCUAUCGAAUAUGAGGACGACGAGGACGUGGAGGAUGAGGACGAGGGUGAUGGAGACGAGGGUUUGAGACAUGAAAGCUCGGAGCACCAGAGUGACGAGGAUGGUGAUGGGGAGGAAAUGCCGAGUUUGGGUACAGGCCGUUCUUUGUCUCAUUCCCCGCUGCGAGAGUUCCAAACCCAAAUUGCCGACUUGGCUCUCCCGAUCCCUGGUCGUUCUUCUCAACCCUUUGCCUCGCCAUCUUCAGCAGGGGGGUCUAUCCCCGGUCCUCACAAUGCCGUUGAUUAUUUCUCGUCCAAGGUAUAUGGGAAACUCCCGGACUUGACUCCGAGGCAGGACGCCGCCCCUAUACUUAAACCUUUCUCUCCGAUAACACCUCUGGGAGAGUCCGUCAAUGUUCGGCAGCGAAUAACACCUAAUCCUUCGCUUCAUCGUGUGCAGCUUUCCCUGGAUGUCAGCCGCCCACCCAGUCUGUAUCGCGCGCCAUCUCGCAGCAUGAUUGACCUGAGUGUGUCCCGAAGAGACUUGCGACUAAAACGCAAAAAGUCAUGCGACACAGUGCAUUCGAAUGUACCUUCCGUCUCUGAGCAUAUUGUCGAAUCCGUCGAGAGCAGCGACACAGACAAAGUAAUGGGAAGGCUUAUGCGACGCACAUCCAUGCCUACUUUCACCUCCGCGUCGCAACCACCUCCAUAUCCUUCCUUUGACCCGCGCCCGCCGAAGAGUGCACCUCCGUUUCAAUUCCAUGAGGACGAAGGUCGCGAGCGGUUACCGCCAUAUAGCAAUUCAUUGUAUCUUAGUGCUAUUAUGCCGCUCAAGAUGGAGUUCAGCUCGCCCGGUAUCCAGGCAAAGGACAGGAAAUGGAGACGUAUGUUCUGCGAGCUUGAAGGGACGGUACUUCGCAUUUAUAAGUGUCCUCCCGGCGCGAGCGGGGCGGGCAUCAUUGGCGAGUGGUGGGAGAGACGUGUCGGCGUGGGUGACCUAAGUAGUGGAUAUCAUGCGCCAGUGCGGAAGAUGAACGAGAGCCCGGGGCCCUCUUCGAAAAGAGAGGACGAGAGCUCGGCACCCCCUUCGAAGAUAGCGGUCGAUCAGCCGGUUGCAUCCUCGUCAAGUUCACCCCCUCCUACACCGCACAGGACGAGGAGCGAAUCGCAAUCAUCAAGAGCUACGAAUCAAUCUGUGACGCCUUCGAUAUCGCGCGCUAAUAGGAGGCUGUCCGGCGCCAGCUUCCUCACUUCGUGGCGGUACAAUGGCUCAUCGAGCGGGCCACAAUCGCGAGGAAGGGGUAUGACAUCUCCUGGGCCAUUGAACGGGGGAAUGGAACUGCUCCCGGCAAAUUCACAAAGGACAUCGCCUCUGACACCACGAGCUCCGUCUCGCCUCAGCUUCCUCUCAUCGAGGAUGCAAUUGCGGAGCGGCGAGAUACAAAAGCCUGGGAAAGGCGAUUUGAUCCGUGCAUAUACCCUCCAGCACGCGGAGAGCGGCCUCGGGAAUGAUUAUUUUAAGCGGAAGAACGUCAUAAGGGUACGGCUGGAGGGGGAACAGUUUCUCUUGCAGGCAGCAGAUGUGGCUUCCGUUGUAGAGUGGAUAGAGGCUUUCCAUGCGGGCACGAACAUCGCACUUGACCUUGAUCAUCGUGUCAUGCCCAAAGGGCCGAUGUUCCCAAGGCGUCGACGGAGAAGAAAUAGACGACCAGCAGACGAGAACACUCAGGCUGGUGGUAAUGGAGUAGUAAUUCCUGCAGUGCUGUAACUUGCCUCGUUCGCAUGUUUCUUAUGGUCGUUUCUGUUGUACUUGUGUGUUACACAAUGGUAUGGGUUGUAUUGAUAGUAGCCCUUGUUGUAUGAUAUUGUCGCUCUUUUUUUUUUUCUUGUUGAUAGAGAAAGUUCACACGAAUUGUUUCCGUUUUGAGCC